UCUACAAUGGAAAACAAGCCUUCUUCUUUGCUUCAACUUUGGCUUCUCACAAUUAGUGUCUCAUUGUUUAUGAACACAAUCCAAUGCAAGAGACAUCAAGGACAAGCUCUAAGCAACCUCUACAAGUGGAAAAUGAACCCGGAUUCGGGCAUCGACACCAGCAUUUUCGACGCCAAACACAAUAUCAUCAACAAGGCCAAGUUCCAGUCUCAGUCUCAAGAGGGUUUGAAAGAGAAAGACAGAAUUGAUAGACUUCCUGGACAACCCAUUGUGGAUUUUGCACACUAUGGUGGGUAUGUAACAGUUGAUCGAUCAGCUGGCCGUGCUCUUUAUUACUACUUUGUUGAAGCAGCACCUCCACUGUCUUCAGACUCACUGCCUCUCCUUCUUUGGCUCAAUGGAGGCCCUGGUUGUUCAUCUCUAGCCUAUGGAGCAAUGCAAGAGCUUGGACCUUUUCGGGUUCAUAGCGACGGCAAAACCCUUUACAGAAACAGAUAUUCAUGGAACAAUGCUGCAAAUGUGUUGUUUCUUGAGUCACCAGCAGGAGUGGGGUUUUCAUACUCCAACAGAACAUCAGAUUAUACUGAACUAGCUGGUGAUAGAAGCACAGCAGCAGAUAACUAUGUGUUCUUGUUGAAUUGGCUUGAGAGAUUUCCAGAGUACAAAGGCAGAGACUUUUACAUUUCUGGAGAGAGCUAUGCAGGACACUAUGUGCCUCAACUUGCUCACACUAUUCUUCACCACAACAAGAUCUCCAACAAGACCAUCAUCAACCUCAAAGGAAUCAUGAUUGGAAAUGCAGUGAUUAACCAAGAAACUGAUGAUCGAGGAAUGUAUGACUACUUCGAAACUCAUGCUCUAAUUUCUGACGACACUGGGUAUCAGAUUCGAAAAACCUGCAAUUUCUCACCAGAAGCUGUGGAGCAGUCUAGCCAGUGCUACCAGGCCCUUGAUGAAGCUGCAAAGAAUGUGGGCUUCAUAAACAUUUACAACAUCUAUGCCCCCGGUUGCUUCAAUGAAAGCAUCACCGCUAAGCCCAAACCGGGUUCAAUUAUCAACUUUGAUCCUUGCAGUGAUUUCUAUGUGUACGCUUAUAUCAAUUGUCCCGAAGUUCAAGCAGCAAUGCAUGCUAAUGUCACCAAACUCAUCCAUGACUGGGAACCCUGCAGUGAUAUCCUUGGAGAUUGGAAAGAUAGCCCGUCCACCGUACUUCCAGUCUUGAAGGAGUUAAUGGAAAACAAGCUUCGCCUAUGGGUUUUCAGUGGAGAUACAGAUGGGAGAGUACCAGUUACUUCAACCAAGUACUCCAUCAAAAAGAUGAAACUUGAUGUCAAGACCUCAUGGCAUCCAUGGUUUAUUGCUGGUGAGGUUGGUGGGUAUACACAAGUAUAUGAAGGGGGGUUAACAUUUGCAACAGUGAGAGGAGCAGGGCAUCAAGUACCAAGUUAUCAACCUAUAAGAGCACUCUCACUCAUCAAACACUUCCUUGAUGGCACACCUCUCCCUAAUACUUCAAAAUAUGCCUGAUUAAUCUGUUCUGUUCUUCUGCUUUUUUCGACGGAAAUGAAAGAGUUUGAUCGGAGAGCAUGAAAGCUGAAUGUAAUAGUCUGUUUUAAUUCUCAUGCUUUCCUUUACAUUUGUUGUGGAUAAAUAACAAUUACUUGAAGUGAUGAAAAGAAACAGUUACAGAGGAA